UCUUUUCAAAGUUUCUCUCUCUUUCUCUUUCCUAAGCCGCUCUCUCUACUCUCUCUCUCUCUUUCCUGAGAAAUUUCUCGCAGCCGCCCAAGGAGACUCUCUCUGUAGCUAUCGUCGGCAAGCUGGAGGGCGAAACCUCGAUUCUGGUUGCGCGUGUCGUAGCGGGCGGAACCGUUUCGGGCUCGUCGACUUCGAAGAGGGAGCGAGAAAGUGAGCGCGUUUCUGGCGUGGGAGCGAAGCUCAGCUGGAUUUGCGGAUCGGAAAUGCUCGCUAUCUAGGGGCUGAUAUCGGGCUUCUCCGACACCGCUCCGAUCUUUCCGAUGCCGGGACCUGAGGCGCCGGGGCUGAUCUAGGCGGCGGCCGGUUGCGGUUCAGGUUCCCGCCGUCGCGCCGAGCUCGGCGGCGGCGCUGGCGAGGUGGAACUUGGGUUGGGAGCUAGGGUUUCGUGGGGUGGAUUUGGUUGGAGGAAGAACAGUGAUCGAAGACUAGUAGCUGCUGGGAGUAGCGUGGCGAUGCCGGUGGAAUUGGAGAAUUCUUCCGUGAUGACCGUCUCCAACUCGGUCUCCGGCGAGGCCAGCGUGUCCUCCUCCGGCCAGCAGCAGGCCGCGCCGCUGCCGCCGCCCGCUCCGGCCAAGAAGAAACGCAAUCUCCCCGGAAUGCCAGAUCCGAAUGCGGAGGUGAUAGCGCUGUCGCCGAAGACGCUAAUGGCGACGAAUAGGUUCGUGUGCGAGAUCUGCAACAAAGGGUUCCAGAGGGACCAGAACCUCCAGCUGCAUCGUAGGGGGCACAACCUGCCGUGGAAGCUGAGGCAGAGGACGGGAAAGGAGGCGAGGAAGCGGGUGUACGUGUGCCCGGAGCCGAGCUGCGUCCAUCACGACCCCUCGCGGGCGCUCGGCGACCUCACCGGCAUCAAGAAGCACUUCUGCCGGAAGCACGGCGAGAAGAAGUGGAAGUGCGACAAGUGCUCGAAGAAGUAUGCCGUCCAGUCCGACUGGAAGGCCCAUUCCAAGACCUGCGGCACCCGAGAGUACCGCUGCGACUGCGGCACCCUCUUCUCCCGGCGGGAUAGCUUUAUCACGCACAGGGCGUUCUGCGACGCGCUGGCGGAGGAGAGCGCCAAGGCACAGACGAACAACACCAACGCCGCGGCACCGACUGCGCCGGCGAACAAGAAGGCGGAGGAGGACGGGAGGGCGGCUUCGGCGCCGGCGCCGGUGCCGGAGACGUCUCCGCCUCUGGCGACGAUGGUGCGGACCGAGUUGCCGCGCCAGCAGGUGGCGUCGCCGGAGCAUCAGCGAGAGCCGGAGAACCCAGCCUCUGGAAUUCUCCAGUACAUGCCGCCGCCGCCGCCGCCGCCGCCGCCACCAUCCUCCAUCACCAUUGGCAGCAGCAACAGCAGCGGCACCACGAGCAGCAGUGGGGGCAUUAGCAGCGGCAGCAGCGCCAGCCUGUUCGCAAGCCUCUUCGCGUCCGCCUCCGCCACCACCCCGGCGCAGGGCACCAACUUUUCUGACCUUAUCAGCGCAAUGAGCCGCACCGACCGCGCCCUUGCUGUGGAGCCCCCCUCUUUGUGCCUGUCUACCAAUGGGCCUGCUGCUUCCCUAUUCUCGCAGCCGCCUCAGGAGCGCCGCCCGUUUCAUCCGCCGCCACCGCCGUCCCCCCACAUGUCCGCCACCGCCCUGCUGCAGAAGGCCGCCCAGAUGGGCGCCACCGCCACGAGCUCCUCCUUCCUCCGUGGCUUCGGGCUCUCAACCUCCUUCGGUCACCAGGACGGCCUCAAUGACAGCAGCCUCCAUUGGCGUCCCCAGCAGCAACAACUGGAACCGGAGCCUGCCCCAAUUCUGUCGGCCGGUCUUGGACUUGGUCUUCCCUAUGAGAGCACUGCCGCCGCAGCAGUUCUGCCUGACCUAAUGAUGGGCCCGCCGCCGCUGUUCGGACCAAAGCCGGCGACUUUGGACUUUCUGGGGCUCGGGAUGGGACCGGUAGGUGGUGCGGCCACCACCGGACUAUCGGCGUUGAUCACUUCGAUCGGAGGAGGGCUCGACAUGGGUGCUGGCGCAGCUGCAGCUGGCCGUUUUGGAGGAGGGGGCUCGCCGGGGAAGGCGUGAACUCCAUUGGGCUUUGUCCUCCCAAUACCAGCGGGGCAAGUUUUAGAGGCUGGAGAUGGAGGGAGAACAUUCUCUUCUUCUUUGCUAUAUUUUAGUUCUUUCAAUCAUGUUCUUUUUCUUUUGUUAGAAGGGGCCAAACAGGUUGGAGGGCUUAGAGGUGUUCAUUUCUGCUUUUUUUCUCCUAAUAAUUUUGUUGCUUUAUUUUGUUAUCUAGGUUUAAAAUAUAUUUUAUAUAAAUAUAAUAUAGAUAUAGGUUAUAUGUA